AGCAGUGGAAAUGAUAGCUUCACCUUCAACGGAUUCGGCCGCCUCAAUCUUACCUUCGAUGGGGUGGCCAACGUCACCUCCGAUGGUCUGCUGAUGCUCACCAACAUGUCAACGCAGUCGAAGGGCCACGCCUUCUACCCAACCCCGCUUCGUUUCCGGAACCUGACGAACGGUACAAUCUUCUCCUUCUCCACCACUUUUGUCUUCGGCUUCAUCUCAGCAUACACCAACCAUAGCGGGAGCGGGAUGGCUUUCUUCGUUUCUCCCACCGAGGACUUCUCUGCAGCCUUUGGUAGUCAGUACUUGGGCCUCUUCAACCAAAGCAGCGUCGGUAACUCGAACGAUCAUGUCCUCGCGAUUGAGAUCGACACGAUCUAUAACCCCGAGUUUCUGGAUAUUGAUGACAACCAUGUCGGGAUCGAUAUCAACAGCCUGAUAUCCAACGCAUCCCACGCUGCUGGUUAUUACUCUAACGACACUGGAUUGUUCAGAUAUCUAAGCCUUCGAAGUGAACAAGCUAUGCAAGUUUGGAUAGACUAUGACGGACAUGAGAUGCAGCUAAACGUGACCAUGGCUCCAAUCCGAAUGGCCAAGCCGCAUAAACCUCUACCUCUCUUAUCUGCGGUCAUCAAUCUUUCAAGCGUGUUAUUGGAUCUCAUGUAUGUUGGAUUCUCCUCCUCCACUGGUUCUUUCCUAACAUCUCACUACGUCCUUGGUUGGAGCUUUAAAAUGAAUGGCGUAGCCCAAGCGCUCGACCCUUCCCUGCUGCCUUCUCUUCCUCGUGCGAAAUCAAAUCACAAGUUUAAGGUUUUGCGCAUCGGGCUGCCAUUGGCGUCAGCUACGCUUGUUUUAACCAUCGUAGGGAUUGCCGUGUUCAUCCUGAGACGGAGGACCAAGUAUUCAGAGCUCCUGGAAGACUGGGAGCUCGAGUACGGGCCUCAUCGGUUCUCCUACAAGGAUUUGUUCAAGGCUGCCAAGGGUUUCAGGGACACAGAGCUUCUCGGAAGGGGCGGGUUCGGGAGAGUGUACAAGGGUGUGCUACCGUCUUCUAGAUCGGAGGUUGCAAUUAAAAGAGUGUCCCAUGGAUCAAGACAGGGUAUGAGAGAGUUCAUUGCGGAGAUCGUCAGCCUCGGUCGCCUCCGCCACCGAAACCUCGUCCAAUUGCUGGGCUACUGCCGACGCCAAGGAGAGCUUCUGUUGGUGUAUGAUUAUAUGCCCAAUGGCAGCCUCGAAAAGUUCCUACAUGAUCAAGCUAAGCCUACUCUGGAUUGGGCGACCCGAUUUCGGAUCAUCAAAGGCGUGGCUUCAGGUCUAUUAUAUCUUCACGAAGACUGGGAGCAAGUCGUCAUCCACAGAGACAUUAAGGCGAGUAAUGUGUUGCUCGAUAAUGAAUUGAAUGGAAGGUUGGGCGACUUUGGCCUAGCAAGGUUGUACGAUCAUGGAACGGAUCCACAGACCACUCAUGUCGUGGGAACCAUGGGUUAUCUUGCUCCCGAGCUUGCUCGAACCGGCAAGGCGACCACCAUCACCGACGUGUUUGCGUUCGGGACAUUCCUUCUGGAGGUUGCUUGCGGCAGGAGGCCGGUGGACCCGACGGCGCACGAGGAGCAGCUGGUUCUACUGGAUUGGGUGGUGGAGAAAUGGCGGAAGGGAUCGAUACUGGAGACGAGGGAUCCAAGGCUGGGGGAAGAGUACGCGGUGGAGGAGGUGGAGCUGGUUCUGAAGCUUGGACUGCUGUGCUCGCAUCCUCUGCCCACAGCGCGGCCCAGCAUGCGCCAAGUCGUGCGGUACUUGGAAGGCCAUGCGCCACUCCCGGAGCUGUCGCCCGCGUACCUCAACUUCAGCCUUCUCGCGCUGCUUCACAAGGAAGGUUUCGAUGACCAUAUCAUGUCGUGUCCUUCCUCCUCGGUGGCUACUGCAUCUGUGCUUUCUGGAGACACCAAAGCCAACAGCUCUCUCCUCCUCUGUCAAUCCAGAAUUAGCAUGGAGAAGCUCUGUAACAUGUCGGCAGUGUUUCUUAGGACUUUGGUCGGCCUCCUCCUUCUCCUCUUUCACCUAAAGCAUGCAGCCUCUAGCGGUGGAAACGAUAGCUUCACCUUCAACGGAUUCGGACGCCUCAAUCUUACCUUCGAUGGGGUGGCCAACGUCACCUCCGAUGGUCUGCUGAUGCUCACCGACAUGUCAACGCAGGCGAAGGGCCAUGCCUUCUUCCCAACUCCGCUUCGUUUCCGGAACCGGACGAACGGUACAAUCUCCUCCUUCUCCACCACUUUUGCCUUCGGCUUCAUCUCAGCAUACACCAACCUUAGCGGGAACGGGAUGGCUUUCUUCGUUUCUCCCACCGAGGACUUCUCUGCAGCCUUAGGAAGUCAGUACUUGGGCCUCUUCAACCAAAGCAGCGACGGUAACUCGAACAAUCAUGUCCUUGCGAUUGAGAUUGACACGAUCUAUAACCCCGAUGUUCUGGAUAUUGAUGACAACCAUGUCGGGAUCGAUAUCAACAGUGUGAAAUCCAGCACAUCACACGUUGCUGGUUAUUACGCUGACGACACUGGAUCGUUCACAGAUCUAAGCCUUAGAAGUGAAAAAGCUAUGCAAGUUUGGAUAGACUAUGACGGCCAUGAGAUGCUGCUUAACGUGACCAUGGCUCCAAUCCCAAUGGCCAAGCCGCAUAAACCUCUAUUGUCUGCCACCAUUGAUCUCUCAAGCGUGUUGUUAUCAGAUCCCAUGUAUGUUGGAUUCUCCUCCUCCACUGGUUCUUUCAAAACAUCUCAUUAUGUUCUUGGUUGGAGCUUUAGGAUGAAUGGGGUAGCUGAACCUCUCGACUGCUCUUUGCUGCCAUCGCUUCCUCUGGCAAAGUCAAAUGGCAAGUCAAAGGUUUUGGACAUCGUGCUGCCCUUGGCGUCGGCUGGACUUGCUGUGAUCAUCGCAGGGAUCAUCGUGUUCAUGGUGAGGUGGAGGAUCAAGUAUGCAGAAGUGCUCGAGGAUUGGGAGCUUGAGUAUGGGCCUCAUCGGUUCUCCUACAGAGAUCUGUUCAUCGCUACCAAGGGUUUUAAAGAUAGGGAGCUGCUCGGAAUAGGCGGAUUCGGAAAGGUCUACAAGGGGGUGCUACAGACUUCUAAAUCAGAGAUUGCGGUGAAGAGAGUGUCUCACGAAUCACAACAGGGCAUGAGGGAGUUCAUAGCAGAGAUCGUCAGCAUCGGCCGCCUCCGCCACCGCAACCUUGUUCGGUUGUUGGGCUAUUGCCGACGCAAAGGGGAGCUGCUGUUGGUGUAUGAUUACAUGCCCAAUGGCAGCCUCGAUAGGUUCUUGUAUGACCAAGAGAAGCCUACUCUGGAUUGGGCGACGCGGUUCCGGAUCAUCAAAGGCGUGGCAUCAGGGCUUCUGUAUCUUCACGAAGAUUGGGAGCAACUCGUCAUCCACAGAGACAUCAAG